AGUGACGCAACGGACCUGUAAGGUGGGGGCCGGUUUUGCCGUUGUUGUGGGUGCGCGAGACCGAGAAAGUGAGAGAGACAGACAGACAGAGCGGGAGCACGGCUAACGCGGAUCGGUGAACGGCAAGAGGAGUACGACCAAGGUGAGGAAGAAACGAACGAAUCGGCGCAGGCCGGUAGCCAACGACAGGCCCCGCCCGCACCGCUGUCUGGAUGUGUGAAGGCUAGCACUUGUAAAAUAAAACUUUAAAAUAUCGCUGUAGUCAGUAUGGCAGCACCGGUGAAUACUCAGAAUCCUAGUAAAACUUGGGAGCUCAGUCUCUAUGAACUGCACCGGACUCCACAGGUGAGUAAAACAGGGCAGCUCAGCCUCUACGAACUGCAAAGGACCCCGCAGGAGGCAAUUAUGGAUGGGACCGAGAUUGCAGUGUCACCCCGGAGCUUGCAUAGUGAACUGAUGUGUCCCAUCUGUCUGGACAUGUUAAAGAACACCAUGACAACAAAGGAGUGUUUACACCGCUUUUGCUCGGACUGUAUUGUCACUGCACUCCGCAGCGGAAACAAAGAAUGUCCCACAUGUCGAAAGAAGCUGGUGUCUAAACGAUCUCUCCGACCAGAUCCUAAUUUUGAUGCGUUGAUCUGUAAGAUCUAUCCAAGCAGGGAUGAGUACGAAGCACAUCAAGACCGUGUGCUGGCACGAUUGAGCAGGCUCCAUAACCAACAGGCUCUAAGUAGUAGCAUUGAGGAAGGGCUGAAAAUGCAGGCCAUGCACAGAGCUCAGCGAGUAAGGAAGGCACAGCACGAAUCAGACAAUACAACUUUCAGUGGUGGGGAAGACAACUGUGACAGCCGCUCUCACGUUAGCAACGUGUCUACGCACAGCAAUCAAGAGGCUGGUCCAAGCCGCAAACGCUCUAAAGCUUCAGAUGACUCUUGUCCUGAUCUGGAUAACUCGCGGGAAGGGGCAGGAAGUCCAGAUGUCGGGGUGGACUCUUGCAGUGAAAUCGAGCUGGUGUUCCGACCUCACCCAGUACUUGUGGAAAAAGAUGAAUAUUCACAAACAAGAUAUGUGAAGACUACUGCAAAUGCCACUGUGGACCAUUUGUCUAAGUACCUUGCAUUAAGGAUUGCUUUGGAGGAACAGCAGAAGAGCAUUGGGAAUAAUGCUGUCAGUCUGGAGGAAGUCAGUGAGAAACAGUAUACGAUCUACAUCACCACCUCGGGGGGCCAGUUCACGACUUUGAAUGGAUCGCUGACACUGGAAUUGGUAAAUGAGAAAUAUUGGAAGGUCAGCAAGCCUCUUGAGCUGUACUAUGCACCCACCAAGGAGCAGAAAUAGUGAAGGAAGAGGACUAAAAGAAAACUGCUAUCUGCUUGCUUGCUCCUUCCAUAUAUUUUCCACAGUAAGACUGCAACAGCAUUUUUGGCUUUGGAGAUUGUGGAAGGGACUGUGCCGAAUCCCACAAGAGAAGGACUGGCUGGAAAUUUUGAAUGCAGGGCCAAUGAGAGGACAUUCUCUUGCAGUCUUGGUUAAGGGUAUAGAAUAAAUCUGAACUGUUACAUACCAUGUCUCCUGUGUCCUCUGGUGCUGGAUGCAAAUGUGCGUUUUGAGUUCAGGAUCAUGUUUUGAGGUUUGACCUUAUUUCUACUGUGAUCAGUCGGUCAUCCCAGCUAGUGAGUAGGUGUUCAUGAAGCCCUGUGGGUCUUGCGCAGGUACCGUUUGUUAGAGGACACCCCCACAGACAGACAGACACACACGCGCACAUCCCCACCCAUUUACAGACAGACGUACGCGCACAUCCCCACCCACAGACAGACAGACACACGCGCACAUCCCCACCCACAGAUAGACGGGCACAGACACACAUCCCCACCCACAGACAGGCAGACACACACACAUCCCCACCCACAGACAAUAUGGUUAGCCAAAUCCAUUAAAUGAAACAGAACGUUGAGGUUGCACAAUACUGACAGUGUAUACUCUUUAGUAGAUGAAGGUGUUAGUGGGCAGACAAAUAACUAGAUGAUUUUAACCAUUUGAAAGUUACAGUCCCCAAAACAAUUUUCAUGUCAGGUUUGUUUUUUUUUUAGAUGUACAAUUUCUUCUUUUCUUUGUUUUUCCUUUUGUGUGUUUAUAACAGACGUGGCUGCAUAAUAUUCACAAUUAUUAUAUGUCAAAAUCUUUGGCUCCGUCUGUCGCUGAUGUGCAUUAUUUUGGUUUUCUGCUUCUAUGUUUUAUCUACGUAAAUGUUUUACAAAAAAAUUCAAAGUCCUGCGCUUAAUUUAUUAGAUGUUCAACAUUCUCAGCUAGUAUUAAAUUCUUCCUCUUCUCCACCCUCCCACCUUUUGUUUGUUGAGCAGCUGGUUUCCUUUCAGUCCCUUCAUUGAGAAUAACCCUGAACUUUCAGGGUUUAAAUAAAGUGCCUGUGCCAAUUGGCCUAAACUUUUGAUCCCCCUUGCACACCUGGCUCAUGUUUUCAUUUUGUCUCUCAUUUGUUACUGUGUUUGAAGAGGAGUCUUUUGGUGAACAAAAGUUAGGUGUGUUACAUGAUGUGUUUUUGAGAUUUGAGACUGGCUUGCACCGAUUUUGUUUUUUGUUUGAAGAUUGCUCUGUUGACCUUUGAUGCCAUGAAGGUAUUUGUACACGUUUCAUACCCGUUGCUUUGGAAUGGAAAAUCAACUUGGUCAUAAUUUUCCCUGUCUGUCACCUUGAUUUGGAUUUGAGUGGGGAGGGGGUUAUUUUUAAGGGUAAAUACUGUUGUGCGCUGACUUACUGUAUCACAUGAAUUUCAUACUGUGUGAUUAGGAAAUGUUUUAAUAUCCAGAGAAUAAAUUUUAUUGAGUGAGUUUUGUUUUACUAGAAAAAGACAUGCACUUAAAAGAUACAUUCUUUUGCUUUCUGAAGUCAUAGACAUUUUAAAAAUCUUCUUUCAGCACUUGUCCCUAGUUACUUGUAAGUGUGAACCUUGAUCCACCUGUGUUGACAGACUCUUUGCACCAGCAAUGCUGUUGAGCCAAGCCUGUUCUGUUCUGGCUCUCAGAUGUAGAAUAUAGUGACUAUCUUGCGAUAAUUGUUCCUCCUGACACAAGGCCAGUGUUGACAAUUGCACCUCAUUGCUGUGUUCUUGACAGAGCAUUGAUAAAGUAGUAGAGAACAAAGAUUGAGUGUGGCUUUGAUACUGAAUAAAUUUUCUGCUCCCUA